CCUCAGCAAACCUCACGAGCUACCGGAACAUACUGACGAAUUCAGAUAAACUCAUCGGGUCGGGAAAGCUCCAUCGGGUUUAUAAUCUGGGAUCAUGGCGUUGGCGGACUGUUGGAAGCAGCUGUCCUGGUUUUACUACCAGUACCUGCUGGUGACGGCGCUGUACAUGCUGGAGCCCUGGGAGAGGACGGUGUUCAACUCCCUGCUGAUCUCUGUGGCCGGCAUGGCUGUCUACACCGGCUACGUCUUCAUGCCGCAGCACAUCAUGGCUAUCUUGCACUAUUUCGAGGUUGUCGAAUGAGAAGUGACCCAACCCCUCCGCUGGCUUGUCUUUCUGUCCGUCUACCAUCCUGAUUCCUACCUGCUGUCUCCUGGGGUUGAAGUGGGCUUGUUUGAUCAUCGGUUGGGAUGUAACUGAUGAUCCUUUCCAAAGAUGAAAGCUGUGAAUGUGCUGGACACCGCGAGGGAACACAUGAAGGCAGGAGACGGGUUUCCAUCAUGGGAUCGUCAGCAGUGUUUCACUUAACUCAAGUGCACCUUACUGUAGUUAUUUGGAUGAGUCAUUAAGAUUUCUUUUCCAUUUUUUUUCCUUUUACACAUCAAACCAUCAUCCAGCAGUUUUAGUUGUGUGAUGGAGAAACUGGCUGAUGGUCAGAAUUCUUUCUUUUAGUCCUGUCAUCUAUUUAAAGAGCCAGAUAUGAAUGAGUGGAAUCAGAUCUACCAUAGCUCCCAGCUCACUGCUCUGACAGCAGCCACUGUAGCUACGUGUCUGUCAUCAUCAUGGCUUCUGAGUAGCACUGCUAAUUUCUUAUUAAAUAAAUAUAUACAUAUAUAUACUGUACCUGUUAAAAGUAUGGACACGCUUACCCAGUGGAUUUAUUGGGGAGGUGUCCAGACUUUGGACUGGUAGUGUGUAUAUUCUAACAUGCGGUACAUACAGGGUCAGUUUAACUCAGCGUCUUCAUGAAACAACUAUCAGGGCUUUAAGUCACAUCCGGAAGCUUCCUUUGGACCAAGCGGUGGCUGCACCCAUGUUGACUGAAAGCUGUUCUUUUAAAGGACACCUUCUGUACUGAGGAUUUGUCCCCUCCAAGAAAAGACCUUCUUCUAAUGGAGGAUGUGGAUUAUUUCUAAUGUUUAUUUCCUGUUUUCUGUCUGUCUGACGAGUAGCCGAGGCUGCAGACCGGUUGGAAAGUCUGCUGGAAUGGUGCUGAAGCAGCCCCGUCAACAGAAAAUCUUCUUCUCUGGUGUUAAAACGAUCAGAAAGCUGCACCAGUUCAGUUUGUAAAAUAAAGCCGUUCAGGGCUUGAUGGUGGAAGGUGAACAGAAAUAAAGCAUCAGCUCUGUUAUUUAAGUCAUCUGUGUUUUCAGCGAGUAAAACGCCGCUCCGGUAAUCUGCAGCAGUGAACUACGUCCGGGCUGUCGCUACCGUCACCACCACGUGCUCUGGACAAAAAAGCUUUUCGCAAACUGGAAACUGCAGAAAAAUCUUCUAAACUGAGUUGAUUUAUUAGAUCUUUCUUUUUAUUCUGGUGGAACAAUGUCUUGCAGGUUUUCUCCAGUGUCCCUGUGAUGCAGGCUGAAGAAGUUUCUCCUCCUACGUGCUCCUGUGACCGUUUUCCCUUUGAAACAUCUGAUUGUCUUUUUUUCCCACAAAACGAGAUACUUUUCCUCUAUGGUGUGUAUAAGAUCCUAUAUAUGUAUUUUUAAAAGUUUUUAAGUCAGCAUAAAGAAAUGUUCUCAUUGCAAGCUUAUUGUAAUACUGUACAGCCGGAACCAAUAAACUGAUAUUUGGACUGUA